CACAAUGGGCAAUAAUUACUCAGAAGGAAUGAAUUCUACAGACCAUUCGAUAUCUUCUGAUGAAAGGGAAAUACGUCGUUGGUCAAGUUUCGAAUAUUAUCCGUUCAAGUGCGGGCGAAGUAGGCUCGUGUAUAAAGGUAUCUCAUUCGAAUCAAAACGUAUUGAUGAGAUCGAAGAACCGACAGAUGAAAACCUUCAUGACAAAGGUACUCAAACUAAGAAUAAGAGAGAGAAAAUAACGGACAACAUCCAUAAUUCAUACUGGUCAAAGAGGAAAUGCGUCGUGAAAACGGCAACCAAUGACGACUUUAUGAUGAAUGACAAAAGCAAUACGGAAUCGCAGUGGUUUAGAAAAAUGUUCAUCACAGGAAACACCAACGUCAGCUUGUUUCGAAAAGAACUAAAUAUGGACACAGAAAAGAAAUUAGGAGUUGCUUUUGCUAAAUCUUAUUUGGCGCAGAUAGACAACAUGUCAUCAGCAUGGAACCCAAUAUGUUACUAUUUCUGUAGAUACAAAAGUAGAUUUAGUAUGGAUGAUAUUGUUUUGAUAGAGGACAGAAUAGAAGGAUUAUUUAGGAAUUUUAUAUGCGUCGACGGGACCAGCGAAUAUGACUGUCCUCCCAUUUUGAAGGCCUUUCUCCAUUUCACAUACCACAAGAGUGAAGGGAAAUUGGUGAUAUGCGACUUUCAAGGAGCUGAGGAUGAGAGCAAAAUCCUUCAUCUUACCGUGCCAACAGUUCACUCAAUUGAGAUGUCAUUUGGACCAAAAGACCAAGGUGAAGAAGGAAUUAAAGAAGUGUUUUCGAACCACAAAUGUAAUGAGCUAUGUCGUAAAGACUGGAUGAAACCGUAGAACAAAAAACAGCACUCACAUAGAAAGCUAAGCUACAAUGAUCUAAAUGUAAAAUAAAUGAAAUUAAAAUUUGACUUUUACCGGAAACAUUUUAAAGCAAACGUUUGGAAAGUAAAAUAAGAGAUAUAUGAACACAAAGAUCAAUAUGAUUAAAGGGACUUAAAGGAAUACUAAAACCCGUCUGAGGUCAACUUUGACUAAGGGAAAUGGCAUUUUAGUAUGAGAAAAGCAUAAUACGAGACUUUAUAAAAAAUUGCAUGUUAACAAAUUGAAAGAUACAUGAAAUUCGAUAUCUUUUUAUUAUCACACCUGUCUCCUAUAUGAAUUUAAAACUCUUGAAGUCAAGUGCUUUGUGCCAAAAAACCCAAAUCUAAGAAAUAUUUUCGUUCACGAGAACUGUUUCAAUAUAAACAAUCACUCUGAGGGUAUUGCAUAUGCAAAAUAUAGAUUCCACCACUGCAAUAAGUGUGUUACGAUAUUUCUCCACUCGAGACAGUUAAAUCUUAAUAUUUAAAGCGCAAGGCUUGCCGAGCUUUUUAAAUACUAAAUAUUUAAAUGUUGAUAGUGGAGAAAUAUCGUAGUACACGAGUAAUAGUGGUGAAAUAUGUUUUUCUAAUGAUUUUUAUCCUUUUUAAAGAUUUGCAGAAAGUUGUGUUCUUUAUAUGUGACGUCACCAGGCAUGGUCGCCUCUUUUCAUAAGUUUAUAUAGGAAAUUCAGAAGAAACCAUAAGAAUUUGACGUCAUAAUUAAAUUUCGACCAAUCAUUUGCCUAGAACAGGUAUUUCACUAGUGAGGAGAACAAUUUUUUCACAAUCGGUUAGGAAAUGUGAAAAUAGUGAAAAAAUUAGAGAAACAAUGUCCCCUACCGGCUGUAAUGUUUACACUUAAAAAAAUGGACAAUCAUUGAGUUGUUACUGAUGUUUUUUUCAUAUCGUUAUUUGGAACAAACGUCUAUUUAUUUAAAGAUGUAAGUUUGCCAACAAAUACUGGCUAAACUUAAUCACCGUAGGAUCUAUUUCAAUGCAAUUUCUAUGACCUGGGACAACUACUUCGGCAAUAAAUGUACAACUUGAGCGAAACUCAAACUUGAUUUGUAACUUCUCAUGAUACAGCUGUAUUCACAAUGUCUAAUCUAUUGCCCCAGAGAUGCGGUAAACUGAAAUGUUCAAGCUAUUUUAUAUUUCCAUAGGCAAAAAAAAAAACGCCCUAAGAGAUCGAAAAAUCUAGACCUGUAACUUCUUAUGAAAUCAAUGUACACAGAAUUGAUUCAGGCAUAUAAAAAAGUGCGAACAACUGAUAAUUCAUCGGACUUACAUAAAUAAAUAAAUAAGCGAAACAUACAUUUUUUGCUUUAAAACUCUAUUAAGACUACAAAAAACAAAAAAACUUUAUGUAACAUAAUUUUUCAAGUGUUUGUUGAUACAUUUUGUUGUUGUUGAUUUUAUAAAAAAAUGUUAAAUACUGUUCAUAGUUUACGCCAAUACUGUGAAACCAAUCUGCUGUGUUUUAUGCAUUAU